UGUUCAUGUGUGUCCAUUUUAGCGUCUUGGUGAUUGUUGUUGAUAUUUGAUCAAUAUCUAUAAAUCCGCUACUAAUAAUUGAUAUCUGAGACUGCGCUAUUCGUUUCAGGUGUUUCAUAUAACAUGGAUGACGAUGCAAGUUCAGACUUACAGAAAUGUCUUUCGGAUGGACCGAUGGACACAGAUGAGGGACCUCUGAUCAAUGAAAAUUCGAAUGGACUUUCCCAUUUGUUGACGGAGACGGAGUUUAACAGCGUCGAUGCAGUGAUCGUGGACGAGUCUUCUGCCUCCAAUCAAGGGUUCUUGAACGCCGUAGAACUGUCUGCCGGUAGUGUUGGUGAUUACUUGGAGAACAAUACAGACGGUUUUGAUGCAAAUUCCUUCGACGUAGGUGAUAAUGCGGUUAAUUUUCAAAGUGAUUCGCUGAACAACGUUCUCUCUGAUAGUGACUCGCGCUUGAGUAACAGCUUCAAACCAAUAACGGACGGCGAAGUGAAGAUGAACGAUUUUGAGCCUGAAGUGAGUGAGAUGUCGAGUGAAGUGGCUUUCUUACCCGAAGACAGUCAGCCGGGGAAGACUGAUGACGAUAGCAGAGCAGAUGUAGCAAUAAAUGACAAUGAGGAACAUGAAGAUACUGCUGUCACAGACAAUGAUACUUCUACUAAAGAUAUUAGUGAGAUUGGAGGAGGUGACAGCAAUAUGGAGCCCCAGGCUGCUAUGGAAACAGAAACAACAGAAGCAGUGGAAGAUACAAAAUUUGCAGCAUCACCAGUAAACGAAGUUCCUGCAAAUAUUGUCAAAGAAAUUGAACUUGAAAAACCAAAAAAAGGAGGACACAAAGAUUCUACUGAGCGAGUAGGGGGAGCUGAGGAAACAGAAGUGGUAUCAGAAGAUGAGCUGCCAAUUGUGCAGAAACCCAGCAUAAAGGAUGCUGAGAAUGUGUCUGAUGAUGAACUGCCCGGGCCUAAGCCAGCUGAACUGCCUGCUGAUACAGAGGUGGUAUCAGAAGAUGAAUUGCCAGCAUCAAAGAAAGAUUCAAAAGAGACACGGAAACGAAAACCGGAUGAAGAAAGAGAUGGGUACGACCCUGGGUCACCAACUUCGGAAAGCGAGUCUGCUAACAAAAAGCAGGCUAUUGCUAAGAAUGGAGAAAGUAAGCCUGUGCCAGCAGAAAAGCGUUCGUCAACUGACGAAAAACCUAAAAAGAAAACUCUUCCCGAACUUGAUAAGUACUGGAAAGUGGUGAAUGACGACCCUACUGACUUCACCGGAUGGACUUAUUUACUACAAUAUGUAGAUCAGGAGAGUGACGUGGAAGCAGCGCGCGAGGCUUACGAUGCGUUUCUGUCGCACUAUCCGUAUUGCUACGGCUAUUGGCGCAAAUACGCCGACUAUGAGAAGCGCAAAGGGAGUAAAAAGAAGUGCCUCGAGGUGUUGGAAAGAGGGCUCAAAGCGAUUCCACUCUCUGUAGAUCUUUGGAUUCACUACCUGAAUCAUAUUAAAACUACGAGGACUGAAGAUCAUACUUUUAUUCGAGCACAGUAUGAACGGGCCAUAGAUGCGUGCGGCUUGGAGUUCCGCUCGGAUCGUCUGUGGGAGUCAUACAUCAAAUGGGAAGCGGAGAACGGGUCGGCGCUCAACGUCACUAAUAUCUACGAUCGGUUGCUUGCUACACCGACUCUCGGAUACACAUCGCAUUUCGACAAUUUCCAAGAGCACGUUAUGUCGGAGCCGGUGACGGGAGUCGUAUCGCGCACGGAGUUGGUACGCCUGCGCGGCGAGGUGCGCGAUGCCAGUGGUGCGCAGCCGCAGUUAGACCUACCGCCAGGGGAAGAUGAGCCCGUGGACCACAUCGCGUCGGAGGAAGAGGCGCAAGCCAUAAAGGAACGCAUCAUUGCGGCUCGACGUAAGGUCCACAAGUCUACUGGAGAAGAAGUUGCCGCGCGUUGGACCUUUGAGGAAGGCAUCAAAAGACCAUAUUUCCACGUGAAACCACUGGAAAGGUGCCAAUUGAAAAACUGGAAGUCCUAUUUGGAGUGGGAAAAACAGCACGGGUCAUUAAAGAGAGCGCAUGUCUUGCACGAGAGGUGUCUCAUUGCCUGUGCACUCUAUGAGGAGUUUUGGAUGAAGCUUAUUAAAUUCCUAGAAGAACGAUCGGACACAAACCCGGAAUUAGUAUCAAUAGAGCGCGAAGUCCUCGAGAGAGCCUGUACAGUUCAUCAUUUGGACAAGCCAGAUUUGCAUCUUCACUGGGCGCACUUUGAGGAGGCACAGGGUAAUGUCGCUAAGGCUGCUGAGAUACUUGACCGGAUAGAGAAAACUUGCCCUAAUCUUGUGCAGAUUCAGUACCGGCGCGUAAACCUCGAACGUCGGCGCGGCGAUUUCGACAGAUGUGCACAACUGUACGAAAACUACAUCGCUUCAGCCAAAAACAAGUCUGUAGCUUCGGCUCUGGCGAUUAAGUAUGCUCGUUUCUACUUCCACGUACGCCACGAUCCUGCCGCCGCGAGGAAGGUUCUUGACGAGGCUAUUACGAAAGACCCAUUGAAUCCGCGCCUACACAUGCAGCGGCUUGAUUUGGCUCUACAUACUCCUGAUACAAAGUACGAGGAAUUAGAAGAGCUAGUGCAAUCAUACGAGCAGCAAGAGGGCGCGGAGCUGGAGGUGAGCGCGCGCUUGGCGUGGCGCCGACGCGAGCUGGCCGAGGAGCUGGGCGGCGCGGCCGCGGCCAGGACGGCCAUGCAGCACGCGCGUGCGCUGGCCAAACACCUGCGCAAGCGAGCGCGCAAGGACCGCCCCGACCCCCCGCCGUUGCCCAAUUCCUCGAACGACGCGACGAAAAAGAAGGACAGCAGUGUAGCUUCGACCGGCAGCUCAACGACGACCGCGGCGAACAGCACGUACUACCAAACACCAGCGGCUACAGCGCAGUCCUACGAUCAAUCCUACGCUCAACCCUACCAACCCCCAUGGGGCUACCAGCAACCACCAGGACCCUACCAGCAUCACCCAGGCCCUUGGCCCCAAUAUCCUAAUUACUAUUGACGUCCGCGAUUCCCCAAGUCUUAAAAGUGAUACUAUAAGACAUAGACUCGCUCAUUAUAGACUCGCACUUUAAUACAAUGACUCUAAUGUAGGUAUCCAUUUCUCAUACUG